AUGACAGAUGGGCCUCAGAGGGAGCAUAUAGGCGGAAUGCAAAAUUUGGGCAGCGAUUUGAGCUACAGCUACGAAACGUCAUCACCUGGCAGUCCGUCUGAAGGCUUGCUCUCCCUUUCCGCCCGUCUACCACCACCACCACCACGCCCGCCCAGCGUUGCCAGUCAGACACAAUCGCGUCGGUCCAGUAGAGCUAGUGCGAGCACCUAUGCUGCCAGCCGAUACUCGGACCCUCAUGAUGGCGAAUGGCCUCCAGAGCUUCCUCCUCUCUCUUUGGCGACCGAGCUAGCUUCGGUAGCAGCUCACGAAGGUGCCGUAAAUGACUGGCCGACCUCUGCCAGUCCCACUCCUACGAAUGGCGCUUUUGCGACGUCGAGCCCUACAAGUAGCGCACGUGCAUCAAGGAGGAGGAGCAGCGGCGGGGCAAAGAGGCGAAGUAGCAGGACAAGCAUGAACAUGGACAGUGCAGGUCCCACCAUCAUGAUUCGCGCUGCAACCGGCACCUCGACGCUACCUCUUUCACCCAAUCCCUCGUCAGAGCACGGAAGUGCUUCCGCCUUUGGCUGGGAGCAUGACCGCCGUGGAAGCAGAGGCGGAGCUGGCGUGGGGUCGGCGAUGGGCAAUAGGGCAGGUGCUUCACAUCAACCGCAACCACUCGCGAUGCCUAGCGGACAGCAUCUUAUCAAGACCAACGCGCCCAAUCCCAACCGCAUGGCCGCUCGGGAAAAGCUUGCCAAGUGGGGCUUGCUGCCCUUUGUUGUGUUCGCGCUGGAGGUAUACAGGACGUUGAAAGCGCUCAGCAGAGAGGUCUUUGUUCCGCUGUUAUCGGCUGGCAUCGUGAGUUCUGUGCUCUAGCGCACGGGUUUUCUGCUUUGACGCCCUCGGCUGAUCUUAUUGUGGGUCCACGUGGAACCAGCAUCUCAUUCUGGGCGCUGUAGCGCUUGUGCCGAAUCAGAACCCCAGCCAGUCAUUGCGUUCUUCAGGAUUAAGUCCAGGCAAGGCGGCGCAGAAGGCUGCCCAGGAUACAGCUCCAAGCUCUGAGACAUGGAAGCACACCCUCGCCACGUCCUUCCUGCUCUCUCGGCAGCUCGCGAUUUCCGCAUAUCCCGACACACAUCCAACCAAGCAGACAGCCUCUCCGAGCGCGCUUGCGAAGCUCGUACCCAAGACGCAGCGAUGGCGCAGACCGCUACUGGUGCCUAGACGUACAUCGGCUUUGCCUGCGCUUAGCAAGGCCGGUCGAAUGAUCAGGACCGGAACCACUGUUGGAGUCUUGGCGCUGCUGGUGAUGCUCUCUUGGCGCUCGUGGCUACGCUUCACCUCUGCGGCGAUCUGUUGCGCGUGGGCAAGUGUGUUGUUCGUUGGCACGGACGAGCAACCUUCGCUGCGCUUUGAAGUGCUCUUCAGAGCCCCGGAGCUGUGGCACUCGCUGCGUGAUUGGGAUGCUUCGAACGCGGAGCAGAAUGCGGGAUUUACCAGCCAGCAUGCCGACGACUUUGUGCAGGCUGCGUACAAUUUCGAUCGGAGCAUUAAUCGGGCACUCAGCGCGGUGCAGGAGGUCGAGUUGGUGGCGAGGGGAUACAAGCUGUGAGUGUCGGAUGAGCGACUGUACGCAAAUUGUGAUCUUUGUUUUCUGAAGAGUGGUCGCUGAUACCUUUUGGCCACGCUGUACGUGAUCGUAGCGCCCAUCCUCUGCCUCCCAUCACGCGUCUGGAAGCGCGCGACUCUGUUGGGACCGGAACGCCUCGCUCAAACCGCUUGUCAAGCCUAGCGCUCCUGUCUAGCUCCUCUUCCACGGGGAACAAUCUGUCGCGCACCGGCUCUUUGCGCAAGGGACAAGAGUCGUCAGGUGCUCCGCAGAAUCUUCGUCUCUCGCGUUUACGUCAAGACGUGGCGACGGCGCUUGAUAACGUCUGGCGAGCAUGCAUGCAGACGUCCAGCGAACUGUCGCCUUUGGUUGACCAGCAGGAGCUAGCUGUUCUCCGUCACAUGUACUCCUUGAAUGAGGGGUCUGAAGAUGGCCUGGACGUCUCUUCCAACAAUUUAGCAUCCUCAUUCGAUUCUCCGUUUGGACGUACGCACAGCAUCGACGUGCACGCUGCAAACGCAGAUGGCAGAUCGCCCCAAAUGUCGGCGCACUCUGCUCCGGCGGGAUCGCGAUCACGCCCACUGUCCCUCAGCAUGACUUCACCGAUCCGAAGCUCAGCGAGAAACUCGAUCCUAGACCCUUCCAUAUUCAGCACGCUGAAUACACCCGCAUCUGCUUCAGCAUCUACAUCGACAUUUGAGGAAACAUCCUCACAAGGCCCUAGUGUAACGCCCACUGGCCACAAGAGGCUGUCCCUUCUGUCUGAUGGAGGCACGUCAAGCCUUGGGCGCCAAUCGAGUCUGCGGCGCGGUCUACCACGUUCGCGUGGCUCAGACACUGAUCACUCCGCCACAUCUCCAGUGACUGGCAGGCCCACUUCGAGACUGGCGUACGUUAGCGAGAAAGGCGACGAUGAUGUGCCAAGCGCCGGAGAGACUGCAGCUUUCAAGCGUCUGAGCUACAAUAGUACGACAUCAGCGUCGACGUCGACUUCACCUUCCUUGGGAGUUCCAAAUAGUACCGAAUCGGGUGCGCCUGGCCACUCUGCUCCCCCUGUCAGUCAGUCGGCGAGCUGGACACCGGCAACAGGCAGUCGGCCGACGAGCACUACGCUCACCACCACGAGCAACGGCGAAAGCCCCUUGAAGCGCGCAGGCUCUCCUGAACCAGGACGUGUCUCUGUCCACAAUCCUCCCGAUUCUCGCAGGCUAUCGGGCAAUCAAUGGGCGAAUAUGUCGGGCUUCUCUCACCUGAGCAGUGCAGCUAGUGCACAACAUCAAGGUCCAUCCUCCAAUCUACACUUGGCUGAAUUGAAGGGCGCCUUCGAGCACAUGCAUUGCACUCGAAAGUUGACUAUCUCACACCUUCUUUCACUACGCAGCGGCGCCGAACCGGGCCACGCUCGCUCAAAGCACGUCGGCGACAGCUUGGACGCCCAAGCGCAAGACCCUUGGUCUCUCGCUGAACCGAUUGUAGGUCGACUGUGCGCUGAGAUGCAAUUCCAACAGGAGCGCAUUGAUCUCGCCGUCCGCGAUGCCAUGAUCGGCUCGACGACCCCGAAUUCCAGAGGAGGAUCAAGAGGUCAGACUGAAGGAACAGCGCAAUCCAGUGGAGAUCACACUGGUUUCGAGGACCGCAGUAAUGCUUUCGGGCUCUUGCUACGCACGCUGCAGGUCAAGCUCAGAGCGGCUGCAGGCGAGGUUGAAGUUGGCGCUCCAAUGCAGUUGCAUGGCGUGGAAUCUGCAUCCAGCGACGAGAUUACGCAAUCGCCUCUCUCGGGCAUGCAGAACGCCAGUCUCACCCAGGUGGAAGCUGCGACCAGGCUUUUUGAUGGCAUGAGAGAUGAUCUUCUCGCGCUCUCAGCAGAGUGGGAGUCUGGUCUAAAGAUCUUGCGAGCGGAGCAACGACGCAGGCAACAGAUCAGCAGCGAAGAGGCAAGCCAGGAGAACAAAGCGCCCACGGAAGCUUCUGCAGCGCAGUCAACCAGCUCCAAGCUGGACUCUCCGCAAGAGGCAGACGAAGAUGAGUUGGAAACUGAUUUAAUGGCACAAGCACGGAGAUACGCCGAGUGGGCCGCUCGGAGGGCCAAUGAACCUCUUCAGACUGCUGGUGCAGCCUUUCAAGAUGGUUUCCCGUCCAUUGAAUCUGCGCGCAGCGCACAACGGUCCUCUGAGGAAGACGAUGUUGCCCAUAUGCUUGCCACAGCUGGUCCAGAAGGCCUUCCGAGGCCUGGUCCUCACAGCGUGUACGAGGGAGACAUUCACUCUGCAUUAGACGGCCGGAACCCUCGUGGAGGCUUAGAAGAGGGUGUCAGCAGGGCUGAGCGCAUCGAGAGAAUUAGGGCGCAGCGUGAAGCUCGCAAGAACACUAACGGCGACUUUCGGAUGAGCAGGUCUGGCCCCACUGGCAAGGGAAGCUUUGACGAAAUUGUUGCUGUUGAUCAUAUGCCCGAGCUCAAGCAAAUGCUGAUGGCUCGCGAAGCGGAAGUCAGGGGUCCUCAAGGCUCCUUACAGUCACCUGGAACAGGCCGUCUCAUGGACUCGCUAGGCUCCCCAUUGGAUCUUGAGCGCACAUCGCCUGCACAGACUGGUAAAUUUCAGUCCUUUUCGGCUGCGGCUGACGGAGAUCAUCUCGUGCAGAGAAAGGCAUGGUCUCCCGCAGCUGGCAGCAGCCAAAGUUCGACCUCACCUUCUAAUCCCCAACAAGGCUUCAGGCAUACUCCCUCUUCGGAAGCCCGUGCAGCGGCAGCGCAGACUGCAGCGGCGGCACUUGCUAGGAGAAGGUCUGCAGACCUGAUAACUCAAUUAUCUGGCGUGCAAGAUCCGGUCUCGCAACCUGCUGCGCAUCCCUCUGGCCAUGUCGCCCCUCACGUAAACGGCGCUUCUCACGACGAAGUGGUAGCUGGUGGCAUGGCGUACUGA